AUGGGGGACUGCAAUCAGUAUCAGGGCGUACAGCCGCUGAGGAUGCUAGAUUGGCGGCUAAACAAGCCGAUUAGGUGCCCUGCCUGCAAUCAGCAGCCCUUUCAUCAUGACCCACUCUUCACACACAAUGUGCAAAAAGCUCUCAUGGCUACCGUACACCAUCGGUUGCAGCCUGCAACGAACUUCGCAGCCACUUGGUUUCUUGAGUACUUCCAGGACGCAGGUGGAGAGGAGGUGGAUGGUCGCAAUGUCGAGAAGACUCCGAGUAGUUCGAAUUACUGGAUUUGA